AGCCCCUCCGCGCUUACACCGACAUGAUGGCCAACACAAGAGUUCUACUGCCACCGCUGCAUAUUGGUUACUUUUCACAAGUUGAGGUCUCGCAGAAUGUGGGUUCCGCGAUGUUUGCGUAGAGCAAAGAUGCCUAUUAUGCGAUUGUUCCCUAAUAUGAGACACCACAACUGUGCUCAUGUUAGAGGUUGCACUCUGGUGGAGAGUUUCUUAAACACGUCUAUUGCGUGCCAGACGACGACGCAGCGUAUAGGACGCCAUAGUUGAGUCGGACACAGUACGUAGAGGCUGAUACAAAAUUUCUUGUGUUUGGAGUAUUUGCGACAUCGGUGUUAAGACAAUAUUUCAGCUUAAAGGGCUGAAGGUGAACUGAAGACGCCAUGGAGGACCCUCAGCUGUUCAGCGACUACGGCGGCGCCUACAGGCGUCUGGCGGCGCAGCUGCUGGAUGAGGUGUGGCCCAGCCUCAGCUGGCCCGACGCGCCGCAGCCGGUGCUCGAGGUCGGCUGCGGGCCGGGGAUCCUCACCAGAGAGGUACUGCUUCCACGGUUGCCUCCAUCAACCGUCAUCGUCGCGAGUGACGUGAAUCCAGUCAUGGUGAAGCACGCAAAGGAGCAGAACGCCUUGCCAGCUGUCAAGGCGUACGAAGUGCUAGACGUGAUGGACGACGACGUGACUAAGACGGCCGUGUGGCAGCACGGGCCCUACGGCAAGGUGUUCGGCGUGAUGGUGCUGCACUGGGUCCCAGACAACAGGCGGGCCCUCCAUAAUAUAUACAAACUUCUGGCACCGGGUGGUGAAGCGGUGUUUACUCUGAAGGCUUAUUGUACAAUGUUCGACGUCUACCAAUACAUGGCAAAGAACUCCCGGUGGAGUAAGUAUAUGAAGGAUUUCCACAAAUACAUUACUCCAUAUCAGAAUUCGAAGGAUCCUGCCUGUGAUCUUCGUAACCUGCUGAUUGAAGAGGGAUUUGAACCGGUGACAGUCAAGGCAGAGCCUCGAACUUACGUAUUUCAUUCUGAUUCUGAAACCAGAGGUGCAGUGAAAUCUGUGAACGCGUUCAUCAGUCGCAUUCCAGACGACGAAAAGGAAUCGUACAUUGAUGAUUUUUUAGAGGGCUGCUACAAAGUGAAGAUGCUGACAAAAGAAAAGGACGAAAAAACAGGACAGAUAACGGUCUUCUACCAUUACAUUUCUAUGGUUGCUGUGGCGAGAAAACCACAACAUUAAAUAUUAUUAUAAAUUUGAUACGUUGAUUAUCUGUGUAAUUUCUUUCACAGCGAUCUGUAGUUGUAAUACAGUAAAGAAGACACCAUUUUUGUAGAGGAGGGGUUUACUGUACUUACACUAAUUUCAAUAUUUUAUUACCAUUAUCUACAGUACAAUUCUGCCUGUGAAAAAGUAUUAAAAGUUGUGGACAAUGGUUCGUCCUCUUUAUAUGUUAAAAUUAAAAAUAAAGCAAUUUUACAUUUGUAA